ACUGCUGUGAAGAGUUUCCCUGAGGCGGGUGGAGCCGUCGUGUGUGUCCCGCGGUAAACAACUGGCUGGAGGCGGCGCCGUUGCGCUGCCUUCACUACUCCGCUGGGACUCCCCCAGCUCUCCCUGACGUUGUGAUUGGGCGGAAAAUGGCGCUGCGCGGAUGGAAAUCCUAAUGACAGUCUCCAAAAUCGCCUCCAUCUGUACCAUGGGCGCUAAUGCCUCAGCUUUGGAGAAAGAGAUUGGUCCAGAACAGUUUCCAGUCAAUGAGCACUAUUUUGGCUUAGUAAAUUUUGGAAAUACUUGCUACUGCAAUUCAGUUCUUCAGGCACUCUAUUUCUGUCGUCCCUUUCGAGAGAAAGUCUUGGCGUACAAGAGUCAGCCUAGGAAGAAAGAGAAUCUACUUACCUGCUUAGCUGAUCUCUUUCAUAGCAUAGCCACUCAGAAGAAAAAAGUUGGAGUGAUACCUCCCAAAAAGUUCAUCACAAGAUUGCGGAAAGAGAAUGAGCUUUUUGACAACUACAUGCAGCAAGAUGCACAUGAAUUCUUGAACUAUCUGCUCAAUACAAUUGCUGAUAUUUUGCAAGAAGAGAGAAAGCAGGAGAAACAAAAUGGUCGUCUACCUAAUGGCAACAUUGACUGUGAAAACAAUAACUGCCCCCCAGACCCAACGUGGGUUCAUGAAAUCUUUCAGGGAACAUUAACCAAUGAAACAAGAUGUCUGACUUGUGAAACAAUAAGCAGCAAAGAUGAAGAUUUUUUAGAUCUCUCUGUUGAUGUGGAACAAAAUACUUCAAUUACUCACUGUUUAAGGGGUUUCAGCAAUACAGAAACCCUGUGCAGUGAAUAUAAAUAUUAUUGUGAAGAAUGUCGCAGUAAACAAGAAGCACAUAAAAGAAUGAAAGUGAAAAAACUACCGAUGAUUCUAGCUCUCCAUCUGAAGCGAUUUAAAUACAUGGAUCAGCUACAUCGAUACACAAAAUUGUCUUACAGGGUAGUGUUUCCCUUAGAGCUUCGACUAUUUAAUACAUCGGGAGAUGCAACGAAUCCUGAUAGAAUGUAUGAUCUUGUGGCUGUAGUAGUUCAUUGUGGAAGUGGACCUAACAGAGGACACUACAUUGCAAUAGUGAAGAGUCAUGACUUUUGGUUGCUCUUUGAUGAUGAUAUUGUAGAGAAAAUAGAUGCACAAGCUAUUGAAGAAUUCUACGGGUUGACAACGGAUUCCUCUAAAAACUCUGAGUCUGGUUAUAUCCUCUUCUAUCAGUCUCGAGAUUGAAUGAGAUCUGGGUGAAGAGUGACUUCCUGCCUGAUUUCUUUUUUGGCUGUUGUGGAAAGGAGAAAGCACUGGGUUUUUUAAAAUAAAAAAAAGGAAUGCAGGGAGUCAGAGGGGUGGUAGCACAGUUUGCACAGAACAAAGCAAAGGUUUCAGAGGCUUUUUAAAACUCUUCAUGUCAUGUUCAUUUAAUUUGCUCAGGUGUCAUGGUGACAAUAGGAUUCUCCACAAUAGCCCAAUGGGAACAAAGGACAGCCAUUCCUGUAAGGGUUUGCCAUCAGUCAGCUGAACUGUAUCUAGAAGAUUUGAUCUGAAGUCCAAGUCAGUAGAAAUACCUUCAAAAUCUUCAGUAUAUUUUGAAUUUUGGCCAGGGUUGCACUAAGAGGAAGUGCAACAAAAGCAAUAUAAAUCUGGCAUAUUAAUUCUCAUACUUAUUUUUUAUUACAAGUGCAAUUUUGUUUUGUUUUUUUUUGCUUAUACUUGGUUCUAAAAAUACAAUUUUUCUAAUUUUCUUGCAUGCCUAAUUAGAGCGAGUUAGCCUAACAAUUGCCUUCCUGGCCAGAAUCAAUUAAUAGAAUGUGAUAUUUAAACUAGAAUCAAGAAGGCAAGUAUGUUUUGCUUCCUUUAAGAAGCUUACAUUACAGUAAUUUGUACCUCUGUGAUUGGGAACAGUUUGGGCUUUUAAACUUCCUAUGGGGAAGAACUAUAGCUUAUUUUAUUUAUGCAUUACUUUAACUUCUGGAGGUUGUGUAUUUUGUAUUCUCAAUUUCAGGUUUUGGAAUCUAGUUUUGUAUAUUAGAUUUAUUCAGAUUUAAAUCUUAUUUCAUUGUUCAUUUAAGAUAAUUAUUUCAACUCUUUAUAAGAUACUUUCAGAAUCUGGGAAAGAUUUUGUCUCUUCUACAAUGAACUGAUGAGUUUGACUAUAUUGACACAGUUCAUACUGUGAGUUUGAAAUGAAAACGUUCUUCUGAGACUAUAAAAAGUUGACUUGUUUUGUUACAAUUUGAUGCUCAAAUAUUGGUGAUGAGCCAGUCAUUUUCUUAACAGUAGGUCAGACUGGCAUUUGAUUAAGUUCCAGUAGAACUGAGGAGUCUAAGAUGGUUGCAUUCCUGGGCUUCAUUGCAGCAUUAAUAUUAAGAAUUAACAUGAUAUUCUGAAGGUAUAUUACAAUCUUCAGUUUGUAGCUGGAACAGAUAUGAAAUGCUCAGGUCUUUCCUCCUGGAUUGUUUCAUUUAAAAUAGGCGAAUAGCUGGAAGACUCCUUGCAGUCCUGUGAUAGCUAUGCCAGCAGAUUCUAAAUAUUUCUAAAAUUGCCUCUGAGAGUUGAUCAGUUUAUUACAGCAAAAGUGAUAAUGGAGCUCAACUCCUCUGAUGGAUACUUCCAGUCAUCAUUACGCUGGCUGACAGUGGCUGAAUAUAACUUCUUGGGUGCAAAAAGGCUGAGCAUACAGUCCCAAUGUGUAACCAUACCUGGUAAUUUGGUGUCUUUUCAGAACAUGUUUUUUUCCCUUGUAGUUUGUGUUUUGUUUAAAAUGUAAAAAAAAAUUCUGUUUGCUGCUAUAAUUAAUACAUUUACUUUACACAUCUUUUAGCUCAGGAAAAUGACUUUCACCACUCCAUGUAACUUAACAGACUUUUUAAAAAUAGGGGCACUAAGUGAGCUAUUUAACAAAUGUGAAAAGGUCAUAUCAAAUUGUAAAGAAUUUUUUUUAUAAAAUGUUUUGAAGUUUUGUCUUGAA